AUGAUGCAGCGAUCUCAGCUGCGGCAUGCGGCGUCCCAGCGUUUCGCGGCAGCCUCUACACCACGGGCAGCGCCGCGCCCGCAGCGCGCGCGGCGGGCGCUGCACGUCGCAGCGGCCGCGAGCCUGCCUGACAACCCAUCCCGCAGCGUCCUGGAGGCGUUCUACUAUGGCAAAGCCUUCGCGACAGUCCUCAACACGCGGCUGGGGGAGCUGGCCGCCUCUGCCCUAGGCGACGCCAGCAGGGCGGCCACAGACCUUCCCCUGCAGCUGCAGAAAUUUCAGGAUGAGGUGCAAUCCCUCGUCCGCGAGGAGCUGGGGGCGGCCGGCGCCGGCGCCGGCGCCGGCCCCGCGGCGGCGCUCGUCGGCGGCGCCCCGGCCGGCAGCAGCAGUGGUGGCGGCGCCCUCCCGACGGGCGGCGCAGGGGACGGGGUUCGGGGGUACAACACGGCGCCCACAGACCUUCAGGCGAUCGUGGAUGAGCUAAGGGCCGACAUCGCGGCGUCCCGCGCGGUGCUGCAGCAGCUCAAAUCGCAGCAGCAGUGA